UCUUCUUGUUUGUAAGUCUUCGCAAGAUGGCGUUACGAGGUUAAAUGUCACGAGAACUGUCAAUUCCUAUAUCUACGUACAAAUCCAAACCGCAAAUGUCAAAUCGACUGAAGUAAACAGCAAUCCUGUUUUACAUUCUUGUUCCGCGUAAUUGGAUGUAAAAGCAAUAGCUAUCGAUUAUUGUAUUCAAGAAUCAUGUCAGACGAAGAAGAUACAGCAAUAUUGUUAAACAGUGCGAACAAAACUGUCGAAACAUCUAUAAGUAAAGUACCAAAUGAAAAUUAUCAAUGUCUACCCACGAAAACUCUGAGAAAACCGCUUCCAAAGCAGAAUGAAAAUUUGACGCCGUUAACAUCAGGGAAUCAAAAUGUGUUUGUCUCUACGGUUGCAAUUCUGGCAGGUAUUGCUUUUGGAUGCGAUAUGGGUAUUGCAAAACCUAUAGCUCCUUUGAUCAAGCACGAGUUUAACUUGAACUGCUUUGAAAAAGAUUUUGUAAUAAGCAUUUGGUUCAUUGGAGCUCUUCUUGGUGGUUUAACCGGUGGUUUUCUAAUCGAUUCGUUUGGACGACGCUGGACGAUGAUAUCGACGCUAAUUUUCCUGACCUUCGGCGCAACAUUGUCGGCACUGGCAAAUCAUUAUAUCUUAUUACUUAUCGCACGGAUAAUUUGCGGAUAUUCAGGAUCCGUUUCAGCGGUAGCUCACUGCGUAUAUAUGGCGGAGGUGUCCGAUUCGAAUAAACGCGGAUACAAUAUAAUGUUGUAUCAACUAGGCACGGCUGCCGGAUUUUUGAUUUCCGUUAUCGCUGCCGCUGUGAAAAACAUAGAUUAUCAGUGGCGAUUUUCCAUUGGCAUAACGGCUGUGCCUGCCCUGGCCGCGUGUAUCGUCACCAUCAUAUUUCUUCAACGAUCUCCGCCGUUUCUACUUUACAAAAGAAUGGCAAACGUUUCGAAGACGUCGUCGAAAAAUGCUUGGUACACGGUAUUCGAGACUCUGACAAUUAUGGCUUUCUUGCUGAUACUGCAACAAAGCACCGGUAAACGGCAAGUUUUAUAUUACGCCCCAAGAUUGUUCGCGCUAUUAGGCAUUUGUUCCAACAUCGCUGAAGUUACGGCAUUAAUAUCACUUGGCAUCGUCAAGGUUUUCAGCACGAUGUUGUCUCUCGUCAUCAUUGAAAGAUGCGGACGUCGAACAGCAUUAAUCACGUCGGCGACUAUUUGCAUGACAACGAUAUCAUUGUUAUCUUUACUCGCCACUAUAGACAGAGGCGACGACAAUUUAGACAUUGUAAAUACUCACUGCAAGAAUCAUCACACCGAGGAUGUUAAAGUCCAAAAUGUUUUACCUACCGGAUCUCCGCCACCGUUUCCCUUACUGCCAACUCCGUUAGCCGUUAUUGCCCCUAGUCCAGAAACGUGGACACAAAUCAAAGCGUCUUGCGAAACCCAGAAUAUCAUUGUAUCCGAGGGUCUCACCGGUGGUUUACGUAUUUUAGCGGUAAUAACGUUGCUCGUGUACGAAGCAGCGUACGCGUUAGGACUUGGUCCAGUGCCCCUGUUGAAUCUCACCGAAGUUUUCCCUGCAGCGGUACGAGGAAGAUGCAUCAGUUUUAUUUCCAUCGUUAUAUGGAUAACGUAUAUUAUUGCCACAGAAUCGGUUAGCGCGAUGGCCAAGUCGUUAACGUUAGCCGGAUCGUAUCUGUUUUACAGUUUUAUGUGCCUCAUCACUAUAGUUUACGUAUUUCUACUUAUCCCCGAGACAAAAGGCAAGUCUCUCCAUCAAGUCGCUCAAGAGAUACGAAAGAAUUCUCUUGGAACACGUAUAUGCAAUAACUUGCGUAGCUUACCGCUUAUUUGUCACAUCCAGUGGAUAAAAAAGUAUGACGGAAACGUAAGUAACGGGCAGAGUACGUUAAUUUGAAAGCGAACAUCUCUGCGUCGAAAUAAUCAUAUAGAAUUGCAAUGCGUCUGUAAAAGCAUUUAAAAUGUCUUCGGAUUUCAAUUUUUAUUUUCAUUACGCGACGAAUUCAUUUAAAGAAAAAUUUACAAAAUUCAGAACUUGUCAAAUACGAUACAGUGUUCAUAAAGCAUGGUACGUGAACGAUACGUAUAAAAAUAUGCUUUAAUAAAAUUCUCUUAACUGCCGAUUAUAGUACAUAUCACACAGUUAGGGGAAAUACGAAAGAUUCAACUGAAAAGACUGAUUAGUUUUUUAAUUUCAUUCGUUCAUUUCUUCUAUUCGAGUAAGUUAUUAUACGUACUUCUCCAUGAUAUUUUUCACUUUGCAUUGUUAAACGACACGUUGCACGAUACAAUCACUUUUAAUAAGAAAUUUAGUUGAAGAAAGUGUAAUUAAGAAUCAUGUAAACGAUAGUGUAGCAAAUGAUACGUCUCUAAAAAUGAGAAUUUAAACGAACAAGUAUAUGUUGAACGUCACUUUACGAUCAAAAAUAGCACUAUUUUUUUUAUUGCAAUAUCGUACGAUUUCGAUAAGUAAUAUCUUUAUACACUGACGUUAUCGCAUUCAUUUAAAUACCGUUUCUCUAUGUAUAACGAACACGUGCCAUUUAAAGGAACGUAACAACAUUAUGUAAAAAGUCUUUUAUUAUAUAUAACAUUGCUGUAUAUAAAAAUAAUUUUCGUAUGUA